AAUUCCUCACUUUACUCUGACUGCUCAUUUUGCUUCGCUUACGCAGACCUCUCGGUGCAUCGGCUACCUCAUCUCACCGAAUCUUCAAGCUUGAACGUCAAGAGGAAAAAUGGCAGGUGAAGAAGCUGCAGUGUCAACUGAGGCAGCGCCAGCAGCAGCGCCUGCUCCAGCUCCAGCUCUUGGUGAGCCUAUGGAUGUUACAACUGCUCUGCAGCUUGUGCUGAGAAAAUCACUGGCUCAUGGCGGUCUUGUUCGAGGUCUUCACGAAGCUGCAAAAGUGAUUGAGAAGCAUGCUGCCCAGCUCUGUGUGCUGGCAGAGGACUGUGAUCAGCAAGACUAUGUUAAACUGGUGAAAGCUCUUUGUGCUGACCACAACGUAAACAUGCUGACCGUUCCCAGUGCCAAGACCCUAGGAGAGUGGGCUGGUCUGUGCAAGAUUGAUUCUGAGGGAAAGGCUAGGAAGGUCGUUGGUUGUUCUUGUGUGGUUGUGAAGGAUUUUGGGGAGGAUCACGAAGGUCUUCAUGUUGUUCAGCAGCAUGUGAAGGCCCAAUAAGUUGACUGGGUCUGAAUUUUGUGAGAAAUGUUGAAACAUCUUUAGGGAGCUUUGUUUGUCUCAUGGAUUGUUACUUUAUUUGACUGUUUACUAGUUUACUGUUUACCAUGGUUUUCAAUUUUGUUUCAAAUUGUUGUUUCUAGUAUAUGCUACAUUUUGAUAAUUGUUUUCUAUGAAAAAGUUUCAUCCAAUAUAACGCAGGUUCAUAAAUUAUUUUA